UCGACAGCUGACCUCCAUACCCUCCCUACCCGCACAGGUACCUACCUAGAGCAGCAGAGGUACUGUAGAUAUCUACCACCUACCUAGAUGCUACCAAAGGGACCGCCCACGGCCAGGGUCGCAAUGGAAGCACGGCGAAGGAUGCACUACGACCGCAUGGCAGCACCAGUACCAAGCGGAGAAAUUCUGGCCGAGGCCCGAGCAUAUGAAGACCAGCCAAUCUCGAUGGAUGGCAGGGCCGAGCACCGUCGCGCGAGCGCACCACCACCCAGCCAGAGAUGCUCGAUAGCUGAUGCGACUCCAGUCCGUCCAGUCCAGCCCAUGGUCACCUCGGAUGGCAACCCUCACCACCCCCCGCUGCUGCCCUUGAGGCGCGCGCCUGACGAGGUCCCCGGCACGCCCACACAAACAUCGGUAAUGGUCGCCGACCUGGAGUAGCGUGGCGCCCGCCCUCCCUCACAAUGGAGGCGCCAUAGUUGCGAGCCCCUCGCUUACAAACUCGCCCUCGCGUAACCUGAACCAAGGGCAGUCGGGAAAAAAACAACAAUACGAGGCUUCUCCUGGCAGAUGAGCAGGCAGAUGGGCAGGCAGAUGAGAUGGCCUUAGUUCAGCCGCCGCCUGCCUGGCGACCCAGAAGAUGCGGGCUUGUGGUCUGCGCUAGGCUAAUCGGCCGGCUGGUCUCAAAUGGCGCUUGACUGCCGAACGAACAGAUUCCCUCGCCUUCAUGGCGUUGGGGCCGCGCUACCCUGAUUCAUCUGGCUAUGAUAGAUGCCCCCCAGCCGCGUGGCCGUCGUUAGCCCUGGCUGGGUGUGUCGGUAGACAGGACAGGCCUAACGAACAAGCCCGAGUCAAGAUCCUCAUCGGUAUUAUAUCCUCUAGGCUAAUACCCCGAUCCCGUCGCUGUGGCCCGUCUGUCUCCACCUAAUAUCGUCAUUUGUGCUUAGAGAAGUCGCC